CCGUCCGUCGGCCGGGGCGAGCGCCGGAGGAGGAUGGCGACGUCCGCGGUGGAGAAGAGCGGCAAGAAGAAGACGGAGAAGAAGCUCGCGGCCCGAGAAGAAGCCAAGCUGCUGGCGGGCUUCAUGAGCGUCAUGAACGGCAUGCGGAAACAGAAAACACUGUGUGAUGUGAUCCUUAUGGUUCAGGAGAGAAAAAUACCUGCUCACCGUGUUGUCCUCGCCGCUGCCAGUCAUUUCUUUAACUUAAUGUUCACAACCAACAUGCUCGAAUCAAAGUCUUUUGAAGUAGAACUUAAAGAUGCAGAACCGGACAUUAUUGAGCAACUUGUGGAAUUUGCCUAUACUGCUAGAAUUUCUGUGAAUAGCAACAACGUUCAGUCUCUGUUAGAUGCGGCAAACCAGUACCAGAUUGAACCCGUAAAGAAAAUGUGUGUUGAUUUUUUGAAAGAGCAAGUUGAUGCUUCUAAUUGUCUUGGUAUAAGUGUGCUAGCUGAGUGUCUGGAUUGUCCUGAGUUGAAAGCAACUGCGGACGACUUUAUUCAUCAACAUUUUACUGAAGUUUACAAAACAGAUGAAUUUCUCCAACUUGAUGUGAAGCGAGUUACACAUCUUCUCAACCAGGACACACUCACUGUGAGAGCAGAGGACCAGGUUUAUGAUGCUGCUGUUAGGUGGUUGAAGUACGAUGAACCAAACCGCCAGCCGUUUAUGGUUGAUAUCCUUGCUAAAGUCAGAUUUCCUCUCAUAUCAAAAAACUUUUUAAGUAAAACAGUACAAGCUGAACCACUCAUUCAAGACAAUCCUGAAUGCCUUAAGAUGGUGAUAAGUGGAAUGAGAUACCAUCUGCUGUCUCCAGAGGAUAGAGAAGAGCUGGUAGAAGGCACAAGGCCUAGAAGAAAGAAGCAUGAGUAUCGCAUUGCUCUGUUUGGAGGAUCCCAACCACAAUCUUGUAGAUAUUUUAACCCAAAGGAUUAUAGCUGGACAGACAUCCGCUGCCCCUUUGAAAAGCGAAGAGAUGCAGCAUGUGUGUUCUGGGACAACGUAGUAUAUAUUUUGGGUGGCUCUCAACUUUUCCCCAUAAAGCGAAUGGACUGUUACAAUGUUGUGAAAGAUAGCUGGUAUUCCAAGCUGGGCCCUCCCACACCUCGAGAUAGCCUUGCUGCCUGUGCUGCAGAAGGCAAAAUUUACACAUCUGGAGGCUCAGAAGUUGGAAACUCUGCCCUGUAUUUAUUCGAGUGUUAUGACACAAGAACUGAAAGCUGGCACACGAAGCCCAGCAUGCUGACCCAGCGCUGCAGCCAUGGCAUGGUGGAAGCCAACGGGCUGAUCUAUGUUUGUGGUGGGAGUUUGGGGAACAAUGUUUCUGGGCGAGUGCUGAACUCCUGUGAGGUGUAUGACCCUGCCACAGAGACAUGGACUGAACUGUGUCCAAUGAUUGAUCCCAGGAAGAACCAUGGUCUGGUGUUUGUAAAAGACAAGAUAUUUGCUGUGGGUGGUCAGAAUGGUUUAGGUGGUCUAGACAACGUGGAAUAUUAUGAUAUUAAAUUAAACGAAUGGAAGAUGGUCUCACCAAUGCCAUGGAAAGGUGUAACUGUGAAGUGUGCCGCGGUUGGCUCUAUAGUCUAUGUCUUGGCUGGUUUCCAAGGUGUGGGUCGAUUAGGACACAUUCUUGAAUAUAACACUGAAACAGACAAAUGGAUUGCCAACUCUAAGGUUCGAGCUUUUCCAGUAACAAGCUGUUUGAUUUGUGUUGUUGAUACUUGUGGAGCAAAUGAAGAAACUCUUGAGACAUAAAGUAUGAGCAACCUUCGAACACUUAUCAGAUUUAAAAGCUUGACAAGCAGUACUCUGUUCCAAGAGUUUGAUCACAAGGUUUUUGGUUGAUCUUUCUUUUGUUGAAGGAAGUUUAAAGUUAAAUAAAAUCCCUGUAAGUUUUUUUUUUAUUAAUAUGGUUUUUCAUUAGUAAUUUGACCAUAUUUUACCUGGCCACCUAGCCAGCAAUGUAAUCUAGCAAGAGAACUCAAAUGUAUGUAUAAACAUUUGGGAACAACAUGAAUUUUUGAAUGAAUUUCACAUGUCUAAGAUUAUAUUAUUAUAUGAUUGCUCACUAGUGAAGCAGUCUUGUCUUAACUCUAAAUUCUAUUUUCAUAUAGUAUAGAAGUGUUUUGUAGGGGCCGGAACGAUAGCACAACCUAUAGGGAGUUUGUCUUGCACGUGCCUGACCCAGGUUCAAUUCUUGCAUCUUAGAUGGGAGCCUGCCAGGAGUAAUUUCUGAACCUACUGGAAUAAUUUCUGAACACAGGAGCAGGUGUGGCCCCGCCCCCCCAAAAAAAGUAAAAAUGUGCCCAACUUCUCAUGAAAUGUAUUCAGUCCAAAUAGAUGUAUAAUUUAUUUAUCUUUUUAAAAGAAAAUAUGUCAACCUUAGUACCUAGCAUUAAUUUAUAUCACUCUUUAGCUCAGUGGUGAAAAGAUGUUUAUGCUCUCAGUCUUCAUUGUUGAAUGAUGAACUAAUAAAACGUAAAACUAUAGCCAAUUUCUUGGUCACUAGAAUCGCACGGAAUAGUUAUGUGAUAUCAAUAUUGACUUUCAACUUUUUAUGGAUUUAAAGGUAUUUAAAAGGCUUUAUUAGCAGGGCACAUCAGAUACUUGACACAGUUGUCCCUAAAAGUUUUGUAAUGAUUUGAAAUAAAUAUCUUCGUUGA